AUGGCUGGGGGUAGCACAGAUGCAGCAACCAAGGAGAUGGAGGCAUUGCAUGUUGGGCAAACCAAGGAAACAGAUGAGAUUCUGAAAAAGGCGUCAGAUAGCAAUGGCGGGGCUCCCGAAGCUCAGUCCCCACCACCACCAGCAGAUGAUGAUGACGCACAAGUGGAUGGUCCAUCUGAAGGUGGAGCAGGAGCUUCAGCGGCUGCGAAGAAGAAAAAGAAGAAAAGCAAGGCCAAAAAGAAGAAGGACCCCCUUCAGCAGACAGAUCCUCCAUCAAUCCCUGUGGAUGAGCUUUUCCCUUCAGGAGAUUUUCCUGAGGGAGAAAUCCAGGAAUACAAGGAUGAUAAUUUAUGGAGAACAACUAGUGAAGAAAAGAGGGAACAGGAACGACUACAAAAACCAAUGUACAAUUCUGUUCGCCGAGCUGCAGAAGUCCAUCGACAGGUACGAAAGUACAUGAGGAGCAUUAUAAAGCCUGGAAUGCUAAUGAUGGAACUAUGCGAGACUUUGGAAAACAUGGUUCGGAAACUUAUCAAGGAGAAUGGACUGCAAGCUGGCAUUGCCUUUCCAACAGGAUGCUCGUUGAAUUGGGUCGCAGCUCACUGGACUCCAAAUUCUGGUGAUAAAACUGUACUACAAUAUGAUGAUGUGAUGAAGCUGGAUUUUGGGACACAUAUCGAUGGGCACAUAGUUGAUUGUGCAUUUACCGUCGCAUUUAAUCCCAUGUUUGAUCCGUUGCUGCAAGCAACGAGAGAUGCCACAAAUACUGGAAUCAAGGAAGCUGGAAUAGAUGCACGGCUUUGUGAUGUCGGUGCUGCAAUCCAAGAAGUCAUGGAGUCAUAUGAGGUUGAAAUUAAUGGGAAAGUUUUCCAAGUAAAAAGUGUGCGAAACCUCAAUGGACACAGCAUUGGACCAUACCAAAUCCAUGCUGGUAAAUCAGUCCCAAUUGUAAAAGGCGGAGAGCAAACUAAAAUGGAGGAGGGUGAAUUUUAUGCCAUUGAAACUUUUGGGUCUACAGGAAAGGGAUUUGUGAGGGAGGACUUGGAAUGCAGUCAUUACAUGAAGAACUUUGAUGUUGGGCAUGUACCGUUGAGGGUAGCAAAAGCCAAGCAGCUACUGGGGACAAUCAACAACAACUUUGGAACACUUGCAUUUUGCCGCCGGUACUUGGACCGCAUCGGCGAGACCAAGUAUCUCAUGGCACUGAAAAAUCUAUGUGAUGUUGGCAUUGUUCAGCCGUACCCGCCAUUGUGCGAUGUGAGGGGAAGCUAUGUGUCCCAGUUUGAGCACACCAUUUUGCUCCGGCCAACCUGUAAAGAAGUCAUAUCCAGAGGCGACGACUACUGA